UUUGAGUAACUGUAACAAUGAAAUAUUUCGCGAUAUUAUUUUUUGCAACGUUAGCUGUUAGUUUCAUUGUGACUUUUGGGAAUGCCGCAACUAUUAAUGCAAGUAAUACGAGAUCAGAGACUAAUAAUGAGGAAUCAUCAGCUAAAUCUUCUAGUAGUUCAAGUAACAGUUCCAGUUCUCAUUCCAUUUCAAAAUCUGUUGUAAAGGUUGAUAGUGAUGGUAAUAAACAGGAACAAACUGAAAAAGAAAAAGAAAGCAAUGCAGAAAGUUCCAAUAAUGAAGAAAGUAGCUCUGAUUCUAAGAAAAAUACCUCAAUAAAGGAAGCGCAAAAUGUGGACGUUAACGUCAAUAAUCCUAUUGUUGUGGUAGGUAAAAGCCCUGAACCACAAAUUCAACAACCCGCGCCACAAGCUGGUGUAAGAUCGAGAAAACCAGACACUCAAAUAAGUCCACAGCAAGCAACUAAUGUAUAUGAGGCAACGGUUAAUCAUCUAUCAGAAUUAUAUAAUGCUAUAUUCGAAUUGCAAGACGAUAUUAAAUCUACUCAACAAAGUAUGCAGAAUUUUAAUGACGUAGUUGGUCAAGCUUUAACUGCAAUUAUUAAUUCUUUAAAUGAUUUAGUGGAUAAGGUCAAUGAAUUGACCAAGCAUGCAAAUAAUAUGGUUGAUGGCUAUAACUAUGUUGCAAAUCAAGUUGCCAAUGAAAUAAACAAUUAAAGAAAUAAAAGCCCGACUGCGUUAAAUAAAAUCAGAAAAGAAAGAAAUAAGUCCAGUAGUGGAGACUUCAACAGUCAGAGCCGAUUAAAAUAUACAGCGGCUCAAAUCUUUCCAAUAAUGGGUCUCGACUGUUGAAGUCGUUAUGUAAACAACUGGACUGGUUUUUUUCUUUUCAG